GCGGUGCUCCGCAGGCUGGCAGGGCUGCGCGGAGCGGGGAGAUCCCGGAGAGCGGGGGGAUCCCGGGGAGCCGGGGGAUCCCAUUCUCGCAGCCCUUGGCAGCGCACUGGCUCCUGUUGUUCCAUGUUGUAGUAACACCGUGCGUAAACAGCCGAGCGCCUCAGCCCGGGAAGGCGUACUGAGGAAGGGAAGAGCGUGUCUCUCAGGGUGUGUAAUUAAUGCUUCCAAAGAAACGGAUUUUGGAGUCCAUGUGGUGGAACUUGGAUCUUGCAGGGAUAUUUCUGUGGGAGGGAAAGUGACAGGUGGUUUGUGUGGAUGUGAAUAAGCAGCGUGAAGAAGCAGCCUCUCGGGGAAAGCCGUGUGUGGAUUAGAAUGGAGCACCCAUUUUGGCACACCCGCAGCGCUCCAAGAUGCUGCAGGGUCCCCCUGGGAUUUUCAGUCCCGCUGGGUGGUUUUGCUCCCAGUUUGAAACAAAGACAAGCCCGGAGAAUCCCUGCUCGUGCACAACUGGACCACGGUUCCAAGGCGGAGUGAAGUGGAGAGCUGCCAGCAUGAAGUGCCAUGGCUGCCAAGCCAGGCCACCUGUGGAACCUGCUGGAGGAUAUCCUGUGCCUGCAAGCCAUGGAGGCAGCGUUCAUCUUCCUGUGUUCCCUGCUUGUGCCAGCAGCCCUGGCAGACGUGGCCACCCAGGAGAAGGAGGAGGAGGAUCCCUUUAACUAUGAUUACCAGAGCCUGAGGAUUGGGGGGCUGGUGUUCGCCGUGGUCCUGUUCACCGUGGGCAUUCUCCUCAUCCUCAGCAGGAGGUGCAGGUGCAGUUUCAAGCAGAAGCCCAGGGCUCCAGGGGACGAAGAGGCUCAGGCAGAGAACCUGAUCACCUCGAACGCAACGGCGGCACAGAAGGCAGAGAACUGAGCAGGAGCCAAUGCUAGCCAGAGACCCCAGGAGGGACACCCGGAGUGCAGAUGCCCACGGCCUGUGAGGAGACUGAGAUCCCAGCAGCAGGAACCUCUCAGGAGACGCGGGGCUGCCGUGUCCGUGUCCCCUCUGUGCUCCAGCACCAGUUCUCUGUCCCUAACCCGACUAAACUCCGCUCACUGUCCUCUGCCUUCCGUGGUGUGCAACGUUGCUGUGAGAUGAUCCUUACCUCUAGGGCUAGUUGUUGCUGGUGUUGUAAUCGUGACUUUCUCCUCACCCUCCUCGUGCUGUGCGUGUGACUCGGGCUCUGUAGGACUGGCUGCCCUUCGGGGUGCCCUCCACGCCUGGGGCUGUGGGUCAGGGACCCCCUUUCCCUGCCCAGGGCCAGCAGCACAGCCCCCCUGGCUUUGGGCAGGGCUUGGGGACUUGCAGUGCCCUGGGGACCUGCCCAGCCAUUUCAGGGCCACCCAUCCCCAUUUCAGCAAUAACCCCCUGCAUGCCCCCAGCCUGAAAACAACCAUGGUGGGGGGUGGGCCAGGCAGGGACCUCCCAUGGCUCAGCCCCCCUUGCUGGGGUCACUGGGGUGCUGGAUUCAAGGCUGAAGGGGGCUCUCCUGCCUCUCCUGCAUUGCACUCCCUGUCAGGGAGUUGUUUCUGUCCCUGGUUAGACCUGGGGCACGCUGCUUUAAGUGUGAGGCAAGGCCGUGGGGGCAGAGAAGCCCGUGAGGUCCCCAGCACGGUGACACUGUGGGUGAGGGCAGCAGCACAGCAGUGACCUCACUGACCAGCACAAACCAGCUCCUGCCCGCGAGCCAGAGCUGGGUGGGUGGCACAGUCUGAGGGCUAAAGAGAACCAGAGAUCCUGUCUGUGCUUGUCUCUGGCACAGAAGGGGUGGUGGCAUCUCCUCCUGGUGCUCCCUGCCCCUGCUGGUGCCUUGUCACUCCCUGUGCCACCUGUGUCUGUGCUGUGUGUUGUCCCGUGGUGGUUCCGUGUCACCCCCUGUGCCAGCUGUCCCCUCUCCCCAUGGAGCAGCAGCGAGUGGCACUGAGUGAUUCCUGGGGCUUUUGCACACCUGAGGCUGCACUGUGGCAACGUGCUGAGCCCAGAGGUCAUUGUCACCCUCUGUGCUCUCAUGGGUCAGAGGCAAACCUGUGAUUUUUGGCUUUUCCCCAUGUCCAUGGGCAGGUAAAACCUCGGCUGGGGCUGGGGACUGCCAGCUUGGGUGUGGCAGCAGUGGGGGGUCCCCAGGGCUUCACUGAAACCCCCCAGGGUGCCAUCCCACGCUGGGAAGGGGGUCCUGUCCCCCAGGAUGGUUUUGAGAGGAGUUUCUGCUGUGUCCUUCCCACUGUGGUGGCCCUGCCUCCAGCGUGCUCUGUGUCCCUGCAUGCUUGGCGUCACUUGGUGGCACUGGGAAGCUCUGUCCCAUCUAUGCCAGGCAGAGGGACCAUGUCUCUCGUGUUGUGUCCCUUCCCUCCGUCCUGGCUGUUGCAGAGAGCUCCUGGGCAGAGCAGACCCCAGCCCGGCCCCCGAGUGUCACGGUGUGUGUCCCGGUGCUGUCCCUAGUGUGCCGUCGGUGUUACCACGAAACAAAGAGCUCCCUGUGGUGUGUGAAAUGGCCAAACCCUGACUGUUGUAAAAUAAACUGAGCUAUUGUGUCUCCUUUUAAAUAGGCGAGUGUGCUGCUGUGCUGGAGGGCUGGUGUGCUCUGUGCUGUGACCUAAGGGGAAAGGAAUAAAAUAUCGUUUCUAUC